UGGGGGAGGCUCUGCCCCCCCCCAUUCCUCUGAAGAGAAGCGACUCCCUCCGCUACGAUGUCGGCACCUAUAAGAAGUUAGGCACUGUCGGGUAAAUGGAGAACUGCGAUGAAGAGUGGCCAGAGGGCCAGCGCCCCCUUGAGACACCAGGAGUCGGCACUGCCACCGGAUCUGUGGAAGAGUGCGCGGUUCUGUACUCUGAUACGGAGGACGAUCCGUCGCUCCUGACAGACAACGGAGGUGGCGCCCGGGCCCCUUUCCACUGCUCCGAGUGUGACAAGAGUUUCCGCUACCGCUCCGACCUGCGCCGCCAUUUUGCCCGGCAUACAGAACUGAAGCCUUUCCAGUGCCCUCACUGCGUCAAGAGCUUCAAGCAUUCCUUCAACCUGGUGAACCACAUCCGGAGCCACACGGGGGAGCGCCCCUACCGUUGCACCAUGUGCCCGAAAGGCUUCCGGGACUCCACCGGACUCCUCCACCAUCAAGUGGUCCACACCGGAGAGAAGCCCUACUGUUGCCACGUCUGUGAGUUGCGCUUCUCCUCCCGGAGCAGCUUGGGCCGUCACCUCAAGCGGCAGCACCGGGCUUCCCCUGCCGCCACAGCCCCUCAGCCCCCCACCCCGCGCUGCCUAGCCUGUGGCAAAGAGCAGAGUCCCCUGGGACACCUCUGUAGUGCCGGGCGAGGUCGGGCUGCCCCUUUUGGCUGCGGGGCCUGCGGGCGGCACUUCCAGUUGGCCUCGGAACUGCGACGCCAUUGGCUGGCUCAUACGGACAUCAAGCCCUUUAAAUGCCCAGAGUGUGAGCGGGACUUUAACGCCGCGUCCUUGUUAGAGCGCCACAAACUCACGCACGCCAAGGACAGGCCCCCGCCUUGCCAAGUCUGUGCCGGGAAGGUCCAGCAGGCUGACAAGGGCCUGGGACUGGAAGGCCUGGGCGAGGAGCAGAAGGAGGGGGAGCCGGAAGAAGGGGCCCUGCAGCACAGCAGGGGUUGCCCAAACCGCCACUCCCCAGACACCCGCCCCCCAGAGACCUUGUACCAGUGUGAAUGCGGGACCUUUUUUGCCAAUGGCAACACCCUCGCAGCUCACUUGACUGCCCACGGGGGCGAGCCCUCCUUCACCUGCGGCAUCUGCGGCCAGCCCUUUGUGAAUCUGCAGUCCCUGGAGGAGCACCAGGUGAGCCAUGCUGUGGCCACACCUCCAACCCCCGGCUCCGGCAGCGAGCUGGAACGCCACCUUUUGCCCCAGCUGGACCUUCGAACGUUCCCGGCCCGGCCCGGCAAAAAACUCUACAAAUGCAGCGAGUGUGAGAAAUACUUCCGCAGCCCCCGGGAUCUCGACCGGCACGUCUUGGUGCACACCGGCGAGAAGCCCUACCAGUGCACCGAGUGCGGCAAGUUCUUCCGGCACGAAUGCUACCUGAAACGGCACCGGCUGCUGCACAGCGGCGAGCGGCCUUUCAAGUGCACCGUCUGCCACAAAGGCUUCAUCACUCUGAGCAACCUCUCCCGGCAUCUCAAGCUGCACCGUGGGAUUGACUAGUGGGGGGCCGGGAGCGCCUGAAACGAUAGCCCUCUGUCCCCCCCUGCACUGCUUUCCUCUACCUCCACCCCCGUGGCAGCCAGAGGCGAUCCCGUUCUGGAGACACAACUCUUGCCUCGUGGCGCUCAAAAACCACGCCCGCCUACCCGUUCUUCAUGGUCCGUUAGUGUAGGGUAGAGGACUUUGCGAUGUAAAGAUGACAGCAAUACAAGAAAGUAUUAUUUACUAGUGUUCCGUUUUGCAGCGGGUAAGAAUACCUUGCACAUGCUCGAGAGCGGCUGAGUUUUGGGGGGCGCUUGCUUGGACAGGGAAUUGAGCACUUUGGAUUCGCUCCCGCAAUAUUCCAGGAGGAAGGAAAGGCAUGCCAGGGACUUAACCCCUUCAGCCCAGGCUGUUGUCUCUAGGAGCAUUACCCAAGUGAGCCUAUCCAUGCCGAGGUUCCUUUGUCCCAGACCAGUGUAAGUGCUCUAGGACAACUAUUCUUAGAGCACGAGGAUGACCUCCCUAGGAGGGUCUCCCAGUUGUCGUGGGAGACACAAGCUCCUCCCGGGGAUGUGUUGAGCUUUGGACCAGAAGACCCAAGACUAACCUGUCCCCAGCACUUCCUUACCACCGUCAUGCAGGAGGUCUAGCUUUUGUGUUCAUAGGCAGCACUGUUGGUCAGAGUCAAUGUAUUCUUUUGCAGGAACCUUCCAUCAUGCUGUCGGACUGCGUGAUUCUGUCCCCC